AUGAGCGAUGAUGAAUCGCAAAGGCCACCGCGGCCGAAGCUUCCAACGCAGCAGUUGACAAUUCUUGCUGUUGCAAGGUUUGCAGAACCCCUCGCCACGACCUCUAUAUAUCCAUAUCUUCCCCAGAUGGUCCGCGAUUUUGGCGUCGAAGAAACCGAAGUCGCAAAGUGGGCUGGCAUUACCUCGGCCGUUUUCUCAGUCUUCCAGAGCUUCUCUGCCGUGCCUUGGGGGAAGAUAGCAGACUCGUGGGGGAGGAAACCAAGCCUGAUCACCGGCUUGGUGUGCACAAUGGCCUGCUUUCUUGUGUGGGGACUGUCAACCAGCUUGCCCAUGGCUAUUACCGUGCGUGCCAUUCAGGGAGCCAGCAACGGAAACAUUGGGAUCAUUCGAACCAUGGUGGCCGAACUGGUGCCCGAGAAAGAGCUUCAACCCAGGGCAUUUUCUAUCAUGCCCCUCGUCUGGGCAUUGGGCUCAGUGGUUGGCCCAGCAUUUGGCGGAUUCUUUGCCGAUCCUGCCAGACAAUAUCCUUCGUUGUUUGGGGGUGUGUGGUUCUUUGAGAAAUUUCCAUAUGCUCUACCCAACUUGAUUGCUACCGUCUUCUUCCUCGUCUCCGUCACGGGCGCGACGCUUUUCCUCAAGGAAACACUUGCUGGGAAACGAGAUGAACGAGACUGGGGACUGUUGUGGGGCAAACGUCUUGGCCGAGCAUUGAAAUGGGACAAGACACAGGACAGGCGACGCAGAUCUUUUGUAGAUGGCGAGGCUACCGCACCUCUUGUUCCCAGCCAAAUUCGGCCCAAGAAACCACGCGACUUGCCAACCCCCGGUUCCCCAGAGAUCUUUACCAAGCAAACCGUGUUGAUUAUCCUGGCAUACUUCUUCCUUGCUUUGCACUCUGUGGCCUUUGAUCAAAAUGUCACAGUUUUUCUAAACUACCCUGUAAUGGAGCACACUCCUGAAAACACAAAACUCCCCUUCUACUUCAACGGCGGGUUCGGCCUGGGGUCGGGUACCAUUGGAACCAUAUUCAUGCUGUAUGGAAUCACAUGUGGUCUUGUCCAGUUUAUCCUCUUCUCUCCCAUGGUCACGCGAUGGGGUGUUCUGAAUUGCUAUAAAACCUGUUGUGAGGAAACCCUCUCCCGCACAUUCAACUGCAAACUUUUGGCCAACAGACUGACGGCGUUAGGUGUCAUCAUGCCCAUUGCCUACAUCCUCACGCCAUAUACAUCGUUAUUUCCGACAUCCGAAUCGCGACUCUUGGCCCUUGCCUUCGUCCUCGCGCUCAAGGCGUUCUCGAUCAUCGUUGCUUUCCCCUCAGUCACCAUCCUGCUCACCAACUCGGCCAAGUCGUUGAGAAUCUUGGGUACUUUGAAUGGCUUCGUCACCAUGUUCAGUGGUUUCGGCAGAGCGCUGGGUCCUGCGAGUACUGGGCUUGCCUUCACCUGGGGAGCUAAGAAUGGAUACGUCGUCACAGCAUACUUUUUUCUGGCUGCCAUGGCUGUUCUAGGCGCCAUUCCCGUCUUCUGGGUUGUCGAGGGUAACGGUCCGACCGCUUCUGCUGAGGACAGCGAUGCCGAGGAUAAUGAAACCCUGGUCAAUAGCAGCCGCGUUCUUGCAGAUGAAUCUGCGAUCGACGACUCUGCCAUCGAAUCAGAAGAGUCAGAACCCUUGCUUGCAAGCCCCAAAAGCGGAGCGGCCUCUACUGCUCGCCAAAACUAA